ACGAAAGAUCGUACUUUACCUGUCAUAUGCCACAGAGUGUCCUUCGUAACUCCCCAGUCUUCCUCGCUUUGUAAUAGGCUCAUGUUUUGUUGAAGAAAUGCCAGCAGCCUGCAACAUUUUGUCUCGUGUAGUCAGACUGCACGUAACGACAUGCAGAAAUAUCUGCAAUGUACACCUAAAGUGUAGUGCGAGCGCAUCUGGAGUGCAGCGUCUGCGUGAACUUUCAACAGCUCACUUGCUCGCCAACCAGCCAACCGAGGAAAUAGCCAUUCCUGUGCCUUACGGGCAGCUGGCUGCCAAGGUUUGGCCUGCCAAGAGAAAAAACCGCAAUCCCAAGAAACACCUUCUCUGCCUGCACGGUGGUCAAGACAAUGCUGGGAGCUUCGAUCCAUUGCUUGAAAAGCUGGAUGGUGGCUGGCAGGCUGUGGCAUUAGACUUUACUGGCCAUGGUCUCUCGUCGCAUCUGCCAAGGGGAUGCAUUUACACCAUGACACACUUAAUGUUCGAUAUUGCUCAUGCUGUUCAGUUUCUUGGCUGGGACCAGUUCAACUUGCUGGGCCACAGUAUAGGAGGCCUCGUGGGACACAGAUAUGCCUGCAUAUUUCCUGAAAAGGUGUCAAAACUAAUACUUGUAGAGGGCUUUGGAGAAAUCUAUGAAGCUAGAAGCCAACUCCUGGGCACUCUAAGAACUACAUUGCAGUCUUUCCUACGUCUUGAAGAGAAGGACUUCAGUCAGCAACCAAGUUAUACUGAAGAGGAGAUCAUGGCUCUCUAUACCAAGAUGCCUUGGGGAUGCAUUCGUGCUGAUGAUGUGAAGGUAUUAAUGAAACGAGGCUGCCAGCUCCAGGCAGAUGGUCGUUACACCUUUACGAGAGAUAUUCGGCUAAAGGCGUUUUACUGGGACAAAGUCGACAAAGCUGCCCUCGACCCAUGGUGGAAGUCCUUUAAAAAUGACAUUCUUGUUUUGGAUGCUGUGCCUGGUUUUGGCAGCUGUUCAGUCCAGAAUGGCAGAAUGAUAAAUGCUUUGAAGAAACACUGCCGCACUUUUCAAAUGGCAGUGCUCGAUGGCGAUCACCACAUUCACAUGAAUCAGCCAGAGCUGGUAGCCAGCUACAUAAGGCCCUUUUUAGAAGAUUUGCAAGGCACUAGAAAUCAGAUGUGGUUUGUGUGAUAAACUGAAAAGCGUAGUUUUUUUUUUUGUAGCAGCUUUAUCGAAGUCCUUGUACUUUGUAAGAUGUCCUCAGUGCCAUGGGAAAGGUAAGGGCAGAUGAUUUUAUUCAUGGUGGUAAGAAAAAAAGAGCAAGGAUCAGGUGCGACACUGGCUCGGAUGAGUACAUGGUCCACUCCCAGGAUGUACAUUUCACAUGAAUCAACGAUAAUGAAUCCAGAGUGGAGACAUCAGAUUUUUUUUACUGCCUUGCAUCAUGCCUUUUGAUACCUUCAAUAAUUCAUACAUAAGUGCCUGGGCACUGUUUCAAUACAUUGUCCUCUUUACGAAAAUGCAGCUAUUAAAGGGAUAUACCUGUAGCAGGGAGGCUGUAAUGGGUUACUAACACAGAACCAUUCAUGCUUAUUUAUUAGCGAGUAGCAAUGCAUAGCAUCCAUUUUGUUAAGUAUUAUUUUGUGUACAAGUCCAAUGCUAUCAUUUCCAAGUGCUGAGACGUCUCAUUUACCAAUGUGAAAAAUCUGGUCAUUCUAGCCUUGGCAGGAAAACUUUACAUUGUUGUUGGCAGCUGUAAUCCACAUUCUUCACUUCAUCAUUUCACAUUGUCUUUUACACAACCAGCAGCUUGGUUUACCACAGUUAAAACAUUGCGGCUAAACAUACAAAGAUAGACCUGUCUAGCAAUUACACUUUAUUCUUUUUAUAUUUUCCAACUGUAGAGGCUUAUGACUGCAUGGCUUCUACUAAAGGAACACUAAGUGGCACUAACUUAUUUGAAAUUGGCAGAGUAGUCUUUAAAUACCCUGCUUGCUUCUUUUUUUGUUUUUUGGCAUAACGCUGAUCAAUAUGAGAGAGAGUGAAGGGGGCCAUGCACCUUAACUAACGUGCUAAUGAUGUCAAUGUGAAGUGACUCGUGUCGCUGUAUUUUCGAACAGCUUUAUGUAGGAAGAGUUCCUGAAAGUUGUCGUGUAGUCACAGCUCACUUUUGAAUGCAAUCAUUCUUUAUUAACGAAUAGCUAUCCAACCCCGAGUAGAUUUCAUCGAAAUACAUGAUAUCUCAGGGAGCUGGUGCGAAAAUUUCGAGCUGGCGUCGCCACCUGUCUUUCAUUUUUGAAUCUUUUCUGGCUUUCCAAGUCUACACUCAUGUUAAGGCUGAUCUAACCAGUAUUCCAGAACUCAAAUCUAGCAAACGAGCUUAACCGAUUCAUUCUGUUCACUAUGCUUGUAUAUUUACACAAAAGAAUGAAUUAGUACUUUUUCAAUGCCACUACCAGCUAUAUGCUUAGAGAUAUUGGCUUUGAGACUGUUUGCUUGCACUGUAAAUGAAUUGUCACUUGUGGACAACAGAAAGCAACAUUGUUGUGUAUAGCUCUGCUAGACCUACAUUUUUGAAAGUGUCCAAAGUAUGUUGAUAUUUGGGAGCGUUUCAAUGUCACAAUUUGCAUGUAUUUUCCACACACAGCUAUUUUCAUUUAGCUUGUUUGAGGGGUCCGUAGGAAUGUGUAACAUGCAAAAGCCUCGUGCAGGACACGCAUGCAAAUGUUAGAUUUCAUAGCCUACAAUAGUGCUAGAUCUUUCAUGCUCUGCUCAUGUAGUGUUUUUGAUGCCCACAGUUUUGUACCCAGUUUUCUAGUCCUUCUGCUACAUGUGAAAGCCGCUUAUCAUAUUUGUUAAAACAGUGAAAUUUUUUUACUGCACUGAGUCAUUACGAAGUUAUAGAAUAGGCACCCCAAAGUGAGGUGCCUAUUCCCCAAUAAGGGUAUGCAGGACAGCAAGCUUUAGAAGAGAACUUUUUUUUGCAGUCGGCGCCUUGGGCACUUGCAGCACCACUGCAGCUACAGGCAGUUACUACAAAAUUUUAAAUAAAUAUUAACAAGUGGUAUGAUCUUAAAGGGGUCCUGAACCACUUUUUAUCGAAGUGGAGAAAUGCAUUUGAAGUUAAAAUAGGAUAUUUCAUAAAUACUUGCCGCAAAAAGUACUGCAAUGUGUUCAGCAGAAGCUGAGUUGUUGACAAUCAGACAUGACCUUCGCGGUGCUUCCGCUCCCUCUUCAAUGAUUGCGCUUUGAAAGCUAAGGCGGAGCAGGGUGUGCCCACAACGCUCUACCUACUGAACAUCACCGUGCCUCGCAGUUCAAAUUUAAUUUUGGAUGUUAACAUAAAUGCCAGCGAGCCACUACGGCCGCAGUAUCUACGCUUUGUAGCAGACCGCAGCUACAUGCAACUGUAGUGCGUAUUCACAGCGUUUGCUUUGUGCACGGCAGGGCUUGAGUGCGUGCCCCCGCUCAUAUGCUGCAGUCUGACCGUGGUGCAGACCGGCUUUGUCCUUCACCAGCUUGACCAACGCAUAGUAGCCACAUCCAACUUGCGCAUUUUGAAGCGCUAUCAAUAAGUCUGCCAAGGCAUCUAACCAGGAUAGGCCAGGAGUCAGCAUGCGCUGGCAAGCGUGCGUGUGGUCUGACCUUAAGUUUCGCAUGGUUCUAGGCUAGUUGAACGUUCAAAACUAGUAGAAAUCAGCAAGACCCAACAUUUACAACAUCAAUAAGCAGGGUAGACAAAGUUUAAUUCCUACCCGCGCGGCCGAGCAUGAGCAGACGAUAGUCGGCUUCUUCCGGAAGUACGUAAUUAUUGAAAUUCAAAAGUAGAUUUUCGCUUACUUCAGCCUGUUUAUUAAAAUCCGUCAAUAAAUAUACACAAUAACACCAGGAAGUAGCGCACUGAUCCAAACACCCUUCUUGAUUCACGUCAGCUAUUGGCCAAUAACUGCUGUGUAUGGGAACAUGCUAUAUUACGAAAUAAAGCGUCCAGAAUAAAGUGAGAAGCAGGCUUCUGGUGAAAAGAGCGUUUGAGAGAAAGAUGACCUCGCGCUCCACUUACGUGCUCCACAUGCCAUGCACGACUGCAAAACGUGGCUGAGAUGUUCACAGCAGCAUAUGCUAUCCACUGACUUUGUUUUUUAACCAAGCCCGAGAAGUGGUUCAGGGCCCCUUUAAGCAUCUCAUUGUUAAUGUUCAUUCCAAGUAAUAGUAUAAAUAAAUAAGACUACAAGCCAAUUGCAAUUUUGACUCUGAAUGUGAAAUUAUUUCUGUCCAGUCAACUAGCAAUGCUGAAACCUUGCGAGGUGAGAAAGUAGUAGCCUACAUCACCAUUCAUUGCUUACAAAGCUUGCAAGAUGCUCAGAAUUGUAGUUAGAUUUUAAGGCAACGGUCAUCACAUCAGUGGAUGCCACCAUGUUUGUUGACACAAAGCAGUUUGGACAGCCCACUAUAUUUGAAAAAUGAUGUGCUCAGUGGGAACCGCAAGUGCCACUUGCACCUUGUGCAUGCACAGUAAACAUGACACUAUAUAUUUCUUUGUAGCCCUUAUUCUAAAUCACUGUAUUAUUUAAAUUACACAUUGUGUAAUUUAAACUAUUAUGGUUCAGCAAGCAAUGUUGACUUCUAAUUUUUAAAAAAGUCACAGGCCUGCACGGCACACGCAGCACAGUCACAGCGUAAGCUGGUGGAGUGGCUCAAGAGUAGCUCCAAUUUGGGCACCACGCACAACAGGGUCUUCGCGGCAGUCUGUUCGCCUUGUUUUGACAAGAACAAUCUGAACUGUCAGCCCGGCGUCGACGGCGAGCUGCGGCUUGUAAUGCUCUCUUCACAGCAGUCUGCUGAGCCCGAUCAAGCCUUACAACUACAACUUGCAUGUCGGGCACGCCGCCUUUGCAGGCACCUUGACUAGAUGGCACCACCAUACUGGCGGAGGCUCGAGUCGUCUCACCCUGCGUCUGCCUUAGGGCAUUUUCCGCGGCCUGAUAGCAAGUGCUUGCGUGGCUCAGUGGUAGAGUAUCCGGCUCCCACGCAGUGGGCGCAGAUUCGAUCCCGGCGGGAAGCGGGUACUUUUUUCGCGUUUCCGGCGAUAGCGGUUAUGCGGCGGACGCCGCCGGCGGCAUCAUCGCGACCCGAAACGGCUAUUGGAAUGAGCCCAUAACAGCUUACUCUGUAAAAAAUAAUAAUUGGAAAGUAGAUUUUUGUUUUUGCUGACACCAGUGACAUUAGGUGAUGAAGCCAGCAGGUGAUCCUCAUGCAAGUGUGCAUGAGGGUGAUUCACAGGUUCAUCUGUUCGAACAGUGUCAAGUGCAAUAAUGUAAUUAAGAUUCAGUGUUUUCAGGUGUACCUUUCAUACUUCUUUUAAUGUUUCUCAGAAGACGUCCUGCUUUCCAAGACAACCAUAAAUCUUGAAUGAAGCUUAUAGGUCAUUUUGGCGACUUUUUUUUUUCUUUAUUUUUCUCAUAAGACUGUACUGAGAGUUUCUUUUGGGGGUAAGGGUUGAGGUGGAAGUUAUUCGCAUGAAUGUAUACCUCUACAUGUAUACCUCUUUUUAUCAGCGACCUCUGCGAUAUUUUUUACUUAAGCCAACUGCAACGAAAUUACAGGUAGCAUAAAAAGCCUCAUUUAGAUAGUGAAGAUAUAGUGCAGCCUUCGCGAAAAAUGUUAAGUUUUUUUCAUUUGAAAUACGAGUGAAUGCAUCACAAAAGGCUUGCAAAAGUAGAUGUUCUUGAUACCAAAAUUGAAAGAAAAAAAAUAACAGUGUUGCCGUUACCUUUGCCGGAAGUGACGCAUGACUCGGCACACGCAGCUUCUUGGCGUGACAUCCAAGAUUGAGUGCAACUUGCAGCUGCCCAUGGAGGCGACGUGCUGGGACUUGCAUCAUAUCCGCUAAGCACCAGAUGAACGCUUCUACUCAGGUGCGAAUUAUAGGCUUAUAAUAAGAAACUUAGACAUUUACCAGACCUGCAGCUUUGCCAAGAUUGCUUCAGAUGUAUAUACCACUCAUUCAUUACCAAUUCAGCCAAAGCGAGAUUUCGUUCCAGUUGGCAUUAAGAUGAUGUUUGUGGCCUCUGCUUAUGUUCUUUACUGGUGUGAAGUUACUUUAGUGGUCUGAUAGGUAUAAUGCUGUGCUGUCGUCAGGCAUGUGCACCCAAUGUGUGUACGAGCCUUGAAACUCGGUGAAUGUUCUUAAAAUAUUGUCAUAAGUGGUCUCGAGUGCUGAUAUCUUGACUAUAGAAAAUACUGCUUAACUGUUUCAUUAAACAGUAGAAAGUAAGGUGGGUAUUCACACUGAAGAAGUCAAUCAUUUCGCACAAAUGUUAUCUUGCUUGCAGUGCAUUAUUAUUGUAAUGUGAUUUUACACUUUACGCAUAAAAAUUAUUACCGAUUGUGCGCCAAACCUGUACUGCUCUCUUCUUGUCACCAUUAAAGAUUGGAGAAUGGACAAUUA